GCGGUGGUGAAGUAAACUGAUUUAAUACUAACACCAUUAGUCUAAUGACUCAUCAAUAAUAAUAAUUUGCAAGAAAAGAAAAGAAAAGAAAAGAAAAGAAAAGAAAGUGUGUGCGUGCGAGAUGAGAUGAGGGAGACGUAGCCAUGCGAGGUGGAGGCGGUUGGUUGGUGGUAUAUCUGUGGCGGUCGAGGCGGUCAGCUCAGCUCCGCAUUGCCGCCUCCUCUUCCUCGCCAAAGGCAAAGGCCAAGGCCUCCUCUUCUUCUUCCUCCUCUCCUCUCCUCCGUUGCUUCAGCGCGUCCGCUCCAAUCCCGUCUAAAUUUAUUCACCGGAGGGCGGCUGGCAGGAGGAGGCAGAGGAGAGGCGACGGCCUGAGAUAGGGGUAGGUAGCUUGAAAAAGGAGGGAUUUUUGGUUGGGGGGGCGUUGGAUCUUUGGAAGGCGAGGCCAUGCCGACCGGAGCGAUGAAGAGGCUGUUUGUUGAGUCGUCGUCGAACUCCGGCAGGGGGGCGGCGGCGGCGGCCGGGGCGGUGCUGUGCGCGCCGCGGCCGCGGCGGGUGCAGGCCCACCCUUGCAGCGCUGACCUCAUCCUUGGGCCUCCUCCCUUCCUGAGCUGCAACACCAACAAAAAGCAAAGAGAAGGGAAGAGCAAGGCGCCGGAGGAUCUGUUCGACGGCGGCGAGGAGGACGACGGGAGCUGGGCGUUGUUCGGCGGGUCGCCGCCGGCGCGCGCGGACAACCCGCUCGUCCACGACCCGCACUUCCUGCUCAACCAGCGCCCCCACGCCGCCGCCGCCGCCGUGCCGGACCUCUCGAUUUUUGACCACCGGAGCCACCACGGCCACCUUGUCCCCGCCUAUAGCAAUAGCAAUAGCAGCAGCAGCAGUUUUGCCCCGUCGUUCGCGCCGGCGGUGAGGAUCCAGGGGUUCGACGUCGCCGCCUGCCGGAGCUCCCACAGCAGCAGCGGCGGCAGCCGCGUGCUGUCCGCCCGCGCUUGAUCCGGCCGCCGGCGCCGGCGACGAACCCCACGUCCCAAAGGGAACACAAAAUCCUCAAUCUUGUACAUUUUUCGCCGGCCGUUCGCCUAGCACCAUCAUCAGUUCAUCACCAUGCCCAAGUGUGUUGAAUCUUGGUGAAGUAUAUAUAACUAGUACGGUUUUAUUAACAGCAGAUAGGGAGGUUAAUUAAGAAGACUAAGAUGAUAAAGAGGAGGAGUUGUUGUUAGAAUGAUCGCCGAGAUGCACAGGAGGAUGAUCAAACAACGGAGGAGGAGAGGAUUUUUAAUCAUUGUUUCUUUUUCCCUUUUUUUUUCUGAAUUGGUUUCAAGAUCUCACAAGUCUUGUGUUCGUUGAGAUGGAUCAGUCAGGUCAGGUCAGUUGUUUUGUAGAUAUUGUCAUCAGUGUUUGAUCUUUGUUCAGAGUCCCUGGUGAGAGAGCAAAAAAAAGAAGGCUUGCUUGAGCUUGAGCAAGCCAUCACCAUACUAGUACUACUAGAUGAUACUGCUACUCUACUACUGCCAUGGUAGAGAAAUCCAUGGCUGUACUUGUAAAGAACAAGUCUUGUACAUAAACAUGAUGAUAUGGAGCUGUACCAAUGUAAUCGGAUUUCAUCAAAAGCCAGAGAUCGAUUUCCUGUUCCUGGGUUC